GCCAUAUUCAACCCCACCUUACAACACUCUCUUCCUACUUCUCACCAGCUUUCACUUCUUCCAAGAUACCCCGGCAUUUCUUCUAGGACUCUCUACCUUCAUUUCGCACUCGCCAUUAACUCUCAACUUUCAAGUUAGACAAAAUGGGUUUCAUCGAUCUUCUCACCGACGCUGGUCUAGCCGUGCUUAACGGCUGGUUGACGACUCGAUCAUACGUCACUGGCUACGCUCCUUCCCAGGCUGAUGUUGCCGUCUUCAAGGCCAUCAAGUCUGCCCCCGAGUCCGCGAAGUACCCCAACGCCGCAAGGUGGUACAAGCACAUCGCCUCUUUCGAGGAUGAGUUCGCGACCCUGCCCGGUGACGCCUCCAAGCCAUACACCGUUUACGGCCCCGAUGAGACCGCCGCCACCCUAAACCCCGCCAAGGCACCUGCCGCCGAGGAAGACGAUGAUGUCGACCUAUUCGGGAGUGACGAUGAGGAGGAGGAUGCCGAGGCCGUCCGUGUUCGUGAGGAGCGCCUGGCUGCCUACAAGGCGAAGAAAGACGCCAAGCCCAAGACCAUUGCCAAGUCUGUUGUCACAUUGGACGUUAAGCCCUGGGACGAUGAGACCGAUAUGGCUGCCCUAGAGGCCGCUGUCCGCGGAAUUGAGAAGGAUGGUCUAGUAUGGGGUGCCUCCAAGCUGUUGCCCGUUGGCUUCGGUAUUAAGAAGCUACAAAUUAACCUUGUCAUUGAAGACGAGAAGAUCUCCCUUAGUGACCUAGAGGAGGAAAUCCAAGGAUUUGAGGACUACGUCCAGUCCACCGAUGUCGCCGCCAUGCAAAAGUUGUAAACUGCUCCUACUAGGAAUCGGAGUCGCCGUGCCAACGCUCAGUACAUGAUAACGACUUGAAAGCCAUGAUAAAAGGCUAACGAUUGUGAUGAGGUUGGGCGGACAACAUGAUAUCGGGAAAAUACUCUCGCAAGACAAAAUUCCAUAGAAGCCAUAAGGCAUAGGAUUGAGAUGCUAAUAAUAGAGGCUUCCCCGAAUCAAUAUUUUGACUUAUUUAUCUCUACCUAUAUAGUGGCGAUUCAGUAUGACCAUGAAAUUCAAUACUGUCGAUCUGAAAACGAGGUACGGGCUGGUUAUAAGAAGGGUCAGUCUUGCGAUGUUGCUACGAGGGCAAUAUCCACACGCAUUUAUCACAUCAGCCAUAUUUAGAUUCUGCA